AUGGCUCCUCCAGCAAUCAUCGCUCCUUCAAUUCUCUCUGCCGACUUUGGCGCCCUGGGCAAGGCCUGCUCAGACACCAUCGGCCAUGGCGCAGACUGGCUCCACGUCGACAUUAUGGACGGCCACUUCGUCCCCAACAUGACCUUCGGCGCUCCCGUCGUCACAAUGAUCCGUCCUCAUGUCGACAAGCCUUCAGAAUCCUUUGGCAAGGGCACCUUCGACUGCCACAUGAUGAUCGCCGAGAAAUGGGUCAAGGAAUUCAAGAAGGCUGGAUGCGAUCUCUACUGCUUCCACUACGAAGCCGCCAUCAACUCUACCGCCGCCGAGGAACCAUCCGCUACCUCCGACAAGAAGACCAGUCCCAAGGAACUCAUCAAGUACAUCCACGACCAAGGCCUUAGAGCCGGCAUUGCCCUCAAGCCUGGCACCCCCGUCGACGUCCUCUACGACAUUCUAGACAGCAAGACACAAGACGAGGUCCCCGACAUGGUCCUCAUCAUGACCGUCGAGCCCGGAUUUGGCGGCCAGAAGUUCAUGCCCGACAUGAUGCCCAAGGUCGAAGCCCUCCGCAAGCGCUACCCGGAGCUCAACAUCGAAGUCGACGGUGGUCUCUCCGAGAAGACCAUCGAUGUGGCCGCUGACGCCGGCGCAAAUGUCAUCGUUGCCGGCUCUGCUGUGUUUGGCGCCAAAGACCCUUCAGAAGUCAUUGCAAAGCUCAGAGAAGCUGUCGAAAAGAGAAGAUGA